ACGACGUAGAUGUUGUUGCUUGUAAAGAGGCAAUGUGGGAAGAAUUCCUCCAGGAUUCGGCGAGACGCGACAGGGAAGCGGGGAGCUCUUCUGCCUCUUCCGGGCCGUCAGGGUCAUCUCCGGGCAGCAAUGGCGGCUCACUUCUUGGAGGUUUGGGUGGUUUGGGAGGUGUGGGUGGUCUCAGUAGCAUGGGAGCUAUCCCUGGGUUCAGCGGAAUCCACACAACCUAUCCGGGUGGCAGCGGAACUUAUGGGCCCAGGCGAGCACCAACACUUCUUGACGAACUCGAGUGGGCCGAUUCGGAUACAAGGAGGAGUGAGAGGGAGAGAUUUGACAUCCUACUGGAUCGCUAUGAGAUGCGCAUCAAGAGAUACUGUGCUAGAAUAUACGAGACCACCUCCAUCCCUUGUCUGAUCGCUCGUGACCGUCACGCGUUCGAUGAAUGGGCAUCGGACUCUGACGAAGAGUACGAGCAUUUAGAGAACGGGGACACCCCAACCGGGCGCACGCACGAUACUUCCCGAAGUCCUGGGGCACGCCGGGACGAAGGCGAUGGUCAUACAAGCGCAGACGAAAUGACUCUAGCAGAACCCAACUCUCCGCAUUCAGCAACUGCAGCAAAGCCUAGCAUUCUAGCACAUAUGCCACCAUCUGGAUCUGGCUCAAGUACAGCACCUCCGAUCAUUCGUGAGAGCAAUGGAACGUAG